AUAAUUUAUGUUUGACGUGGGCCGGUCCCCGCCGUGGCGGCGCGGUCUGGGGCGCACUGAGGACAGUCUGCCCCGGUCGACAGCCGCGCCGGGGACGAGGGGGAGAGAGGGCGCAGUGAGUACUUUGUUCCACGGCCCCAGAGCGGCGAAGCUCGGGCGGAGGGGCCGGACUUCGCCCGGACUUCUGUAACAGGUAACAGGUGUUACCUGUUACGUAACACCUGUGUUAUGUAACAGGUGUUACAUAACACCUGUUCAUGACAGGUGUUAUGUAAUAUUUAUGACGGUGUCAUGACAGUCUUAUUCACAGCCCGCCAGAUAAAAUGUUACCUCACUCUUUGAGAAAGAUUAACUCUACUUUGAAUUUAGUUCUCCUCAGCUCAUCUGUGUCUUUAUAUGAAAUUCUCACUCCCUUAAUGGAUGGCAGAAAUGGGUGUUGAGCACCAAUGAAAUGCAGAGCUGUACAAAGAGAUCUAGUCCCUCCCCCAUGCAGCCACACAGUCACAAUCUCUACCUCUGCAAGCAGAUGGAUGAAACGGAGCGAUGCUACUAACACAGCUAAAGCAAACCAAAAAAAUACACAUGUUUUUUAGUCGUGAUUCUGGAAUCUUUCGUAUGAUCGAUUCUUUACUGCCAUGGACGACAUUGAUAUUUUUCAUUCUUGACCAUUUCACUGGGAAAUAAUUCUUGAGAAUCCGGGAUGACAAAGACAAAAGGAUCCCGGGACUGGAGAUGGAAAGCGCUCUGGUGGAAUCAGUUAUUUCUCCUGUGGAGUACAAUAGAAGCACAGACUCGCUACAGCAUCCCAGAGGAACUGAAACCGGGUUCUGUGGUCGGAAAUCUCGCCAAAGAUUUGGGUUUGUCAUUAUCUGACAUUUUUGACCGUAAGCUGCGGGUCGCCUCCGAGGCUGGCGAGCAGUAUUUCAGCGUGGAUGCGGGGAAGGGCGAGCUGGUGGUGAAUGACAGAAUAGACCGAGAGGCUCUGUGUGGACAAAGCGCCAGCUGUGUUUUAACUCUGCAAAUUGUUAUUGAUAAGCCUUUACAGCUGUACCGAGUAGAAGUGGAAAUACAAGAUGUGAAUGAUAAUUCUCCCACGUUUCCGUCGACAGAAAAAAUAUUGCAAAUAGCCGAGUCGGCAGCGGCGGGGACGCAUUUUCCGCUAGAAACAGCUCAAGAUCUUGAUGUUGGCGUUAACUCGGUGAGAUCUUAUACUUUGAGCAAAGAUGAGUUCUUUAGUUUGAAAAUUAAAGAAGUGUCUGGUGGAAAGAGAGUUCCAGAGUUAGCGCUGUCUAAAUCUAUUGACAGAGAGAAAAAACCCACACAUACACUGACUCUCACUGCAGUAGAUGGGGGAAAUCCAGUAAGGUCUGGGACCUGUCAAAUAACGAUAAAUGUCCUUGAUAUUAACGACAAUUUUCCUGCAUUUGAGAAAAGCAUAUAUAAAGUGUCCAUAGGUGAAAACGCGCUGAAAGGGGCUUCAGUUCUUACACUGGCUGCAAAAGAUGCUGAUGAAGGUCUUAACGGAGAGGUUGAAUUUGCUUUUGGUGCGCACACACCAGAUAACGUCAGAUCUGUUUUUAAUAUUGACCCGUUAACUGGGGAAAUACGCCUGAUUGGUCAUUUAGAUUUUGAAACCAACUCUAAUUAUGAGAUAGACAUUUCCGCUACAGAUAAAGGAAGUCCGAGAAUGGAGGGUCAUUGCACUGUCCAUGUUGAAGUCUUAGACGUUAAUGAUAAUCCUCCAAAUAUAUUUCUGACCUCUCAACCAAACUCUGUGCCUGAGAAUUCACCGAGUGGGACUGUAGUGGCUUUAAUUAGCGCAAGAGAUGUUGACUCUGGAGAUAAUGGUAAAGUAAUACUACAUCUUAAUAAAAAUGUUCCUUUUAAACUAAAAGCGUCAUUUUCUGAUAACUAUGCUUUGAUUACAAACGGUCCUUUAGACAGAGAAAAAUUCUCAGAGUAUGAAGUUGAGAUAACCGCGACAGACUUAGGUUCACCACCAAUGAGCAGUAAGAAGACAAUAAACGUUAAUAUUACUGAUGUAAAUGACAAUCCACCUAUUUUUACGCAAUUCACAUAUAGUGUGUAUUUAAAAGAAAAUGGAUUACCGGGAUCUAUACUAUAUUCAGUAUCAGCAUCUGAUCUGGAUUCUGGUGAAAACGCAAAGAUCUCUUACUCCAUACUGGACUCUAAAGUGCAGGACGUCUCUGUCUCGUCUUAUGUUUACAUUAACUCAGAUAACGGGAGCAUCUACAGCAUGCACUCGUUUGACUAUGAGAAGCUGAAAGUGUUUCAGAUUCAGGUUCAGGCAAAGGACCAGGGCUCUCCCUCUCUCAGCAGCAACGCCACUGUCCAUGUUUUCAUCCUGGACCAGAACGAUAAUACCCCCGCUGUUAUUUACCCCUCCUCCGCUGCCAUGGGCUCUCUCUCUCAUCAAAGAAUGCCCCGCUCCGCUAAAGCGGGUCACCUGGUUACUAAGGUAACGGCCGUGGACGCUGACUCGGGCCAUAAUGCCUGGAUCUCAUACAGACUGGCGGAGGCCACAGACGCCUCUCUGUUCACCGUCAAUCAGUACACAGGAGAGGUGAGGACUAAACGCGCUGUGUACGAGCAGGACGACUCCUCUCAGAGGCUGCUGAUAGAGAUCAAGGACGACGGGCAGCCGGUUCAGUCCGCCACCGCCACGGUGUCCAUCUUACUGGAGGACGGUCUCCAUGAACCCAUUUUAGACCUCCGACACAAAAUGUCCGAGCCCAGCAAGAAAACUGGCAGAAUCACCCUUUAUUUGAUUCUGUCUCUGGCCUCAGUGUCCGUGCUGUCUCUGGUGACUUUUCUCAUCCUGGCGGUGAAAUGCAUCAGGGGCAACAGAAGCAGUGGGAGGUGCUGCAUGAGAAGGAGCGACUGUGAUGAUUACAAGAACCCCAACAGAAACCUGCAGAUUCAGCUCAACACUGAUGGACCUAUAAAAUACGUGGAGGUCCUGGGAGGAGACAUGAUGUCUCAGAGUCAGUCGUUCAGGUCCUGCAUGUCUCCGAUGUCAGAGUACAGUGAUUUCACAUUGAUCAAACCCAGCAGCACCACAGACUUUAAAGAAGUCAUCAGUGUUCUGGACGCGUCUUUACCCGACAGCACCUGGACCUUUGAGAGCCAACAGGUGAGCUAAAGAUUAAUCAGAUUUCAUAAAUAUUUCCACUACAUUUUUACUAUAUGUUUAACGAGCAUAAAAAUUAAUGGGU